AUGGCUAAGAAUAGUAAAAAGGAUAACGUCAGCAUUAACAGUAAGAGUCUGGCGGGCAGUAGACCAAACCCACUUGUCCGAACUCUUUCUGUAGAUUCAAUUCUGUCAUUAUUUAAAAGAAAGUCCAAUAAGAGAAGUCUUGAUGAUACAAUUGAAACCCCAAACGAGUCUGCUAAUGAAGAUGAAGACGAUGAGUCUGCAGAAGAUUAUGUGUUAGCAGGUGAGGACACAAACGGUGCCUCCAAUGGAAAUGAGGAAUCCACCCGUAAACGUAGAAAAGUUAAAACAAAGGCAGAAGAAGAAUUUGAAGCUAAUGAAAAAAAAUUGGAUGAAGAAUUACCUGAAGAUCUCCGUAAAUUCAGACCAAAUGGUUACAAAUUCAACAUUCCUCCAAAGGAUAGACCAAUUAGAAUUUAUGCCGAUGGGGUGUUUGACCUUUUCCAUUUGGGACAUAUGAAACAAUUGGAACAAGCUAAAAAGGCAUUCCCAAGUGUUGAAUUGGUAUGUGGAGUACCUUCUGAUGUGGAAACCCACAAGAGAAAGGGACUUACUGUGUUGACCGAUCAACAAAGAAUAGAAACCUUGAAGCAUUGUAGAUGGGUUGAUGAAGUUAUCCCCAAUGCGCCAUGGUGUGUCACCACAGCUUUCCUUUUGGAACAUAAGAUUGAUUAUGUUGCCCAUGAUGACUUACCUUAUGCUUCCACCGAUUCAGACGAUAUCUAUAAGCCAAUUAAAGAAAUGGGGAUGUUUCUCACCACCCAAAGAACUGAAGGAAUCUCAACCAGUGAUAUCAUUACUAAAAUUAUUAGAGAUUAUGACAAGUAUUUGAUGAGAAAUUUUGCCCGUGGAGCCACUAGAAAGGAACUUAAUGUCAGUUGGUUGAAAAAAAAUGAAUUAGAAUUCAAGAAACAUAUAAAUGAUUUCAGAACUUAUUGGAAGAAAAAUCAAACCAAUAUCAAUAAUGUCUCAAGAGAUUUAUAUUUUGAAGUUAGAGAGUAUAUGAGAGGUAAAAAAUUUGAUAUGGCCUCAUUUUUGGAACAAGCAAGUUUCAAUAGUGAUGUGGAAGAUAAUGCAUCUACUCUUAAUUCUCGUACUUCUUCACCAUUAACCGAUUUUGCUGCUAAAUACAUUGGGAAUGCCAAUAAGGAUCUUAACAGACCAGAAAGGAAAUCACUUUUCUCCAAUGUUAAGGAAUGGAUGAAACGUGAAGAUUCUCAUGAUGAAUACUCCACCAAUGAUGAGGGAGACUCUACCAAUACCACAUUAGUAUCUAGCACCAUUUCCAAAAAACCUAGUCCUAAUGUGGUCACAAGAUCAUCUACUGCAUCAUCAGCAACGUCAAGUCCAAAGAAGGUUAAGAAGAUUGGGAACAAGAGAACCAAGAAGGCAGCAUAA